UUGAAAAACAAUAUUGGUGCAACGUCUGAUGGGAUUUUAAGAGACAAAUGUUUCAGACUGAAAAAUGCUUAUCUGUACAGAAUUUGUUCGGUGUGUUUUUCACGUUUUAUUUUGCUUCGGAAUGGUGUAUGCUCAAUACGACCACUGUCUGUUGCCCACUGGAUGCCACCGCGAUGAUUGUUGUUUUAAUACAGUGGCGAAAACCGGUCCGGUUUGUGAUCCGAUCCCGGGCUGUGCUGCCUCGUUCCGUCCGGACUGUUGCCGUAAUGCAAGACCAGUCUAUACGGACUAUGGAAUAAUGUAUGGGUAUGCUAUUCUGUUGGACGACCCUUAUGGGUACCACGAUCACGGGAGCAGAUAUUUGGAAAUCUGGCGAGGUGUGCCGUACGCACGUCCACCUACACGUGCAAACAGCCUGCGUUUCCGGCGUCCUGUGCCUCCAGUAAGAUCGCAGGAGAAAUACGACGCCACUUAUUUUCGUGCGUCGUGUGCACAACCCGUAGCAAGUCCUGGAGCUCAAUUCAGUACCUGGGCUACUUCACCCCAUGAAUGGGACAAACGAAUAAACUUCCGACAGCCGGAGAAAUUACAAACCAAUACUAGCGAAGAUUGUCUCUACCUUAACAUUUAUGCGCUCAAUGAAACUGAUUCAACCGGUGGUGGGCUACUUCCAGGACAAGCACGAAAAUUGCCUAUUCUUGUAUUCUUUGAUGGAAUGAAUCAUUUAACUGGGACAGCAAACCGCUAUCCUGGUCACAUUCUGGCACAGCUAGGAAUGGUAGUGAUAAUCGUAAAUUACCGACUUGGUCCGUUCGGUUAUUUGGCAACGGAGAGCAAAUAUAUGAGGCAAGCACAACUACCCGAAACGGACAAUUCAGCCUUCGGCAAUUACGGAUUAUGGGAUCAAGUGAGAGCAUUGGAAUUCAUCAAGGAAAACGCGCGCAAAUUCUUUGGUGAUCCAAAUCAGAUAACAGUAGUUGGCCAUGGCUCCGCUGCUGCUGAUUUAUCGGUGCAUUUACUCUCUAGGUAUUCCGGUCUUCGGAAACCACCCUUGUUCAACCGUGCAAUACUACUAUCGGGCUCUGACCAAAUGGAAGGAGGUUUUACGCGACAUUCAGAGGAGUCUGUGAUUUAUGCAAAAGAACUAGCCAGACAAGUUGGAUGCGACUUAUCAAAAGCGGACAACAUGAUGGCAUGCCUACGAAGCCGCUCGGACGUGGAAAUAGCCACUGCUGCUGCCGAGACGCGCAUUCAUCGUCCAAACUGGCUGACUAGACCCUGGAGUCCGACAGUGGAUGGAGAUUUUAUUCAAAAUGAACCUUCGACAUUAUGGAAGCUAGGAAAGUUUGCUGCAAUCCCGGUCAUUGGUGGUUUGACGGCCGAUGAUUCGGCUGUUCACGCGCUGGCAUCCUUAUUUCGCCUUCAAGAUUCAAAGAUAAACGAGGAACUUCAACACGUCUUCAAACAGCGCCCAAAUAUGAUUCCGAUUCCUAAGGCAGACUUCGCGGGCUUUUCGGAAGACGCCAUUUCUGGAGGGUUUACCCAAAUGGUUCGUCAUGAUUUUGCAAAGGAUCCAAUUGCCAUGACGAAAACACUUUUGUUCGAGUACACGGACUGGUCGAACAGCUCAGAUUCCUACAAGCGAUGGUCUAUGUACCUCCAGGCCUGGACUGAUAGACUCCUUGGGAGUGGUCUCAUUCAGACUCUGCGAUACCUUUCAAAUGGUACUCCUUCAAAUUUUCCGAGACAAAACUUGACACAGAUGUACGUAUUUGCCUAUCGGUCCCCGGCGGAUCCUUGGGCACGGUUACUUGGUGCCUAUGGGUCAUCGCAACUGCAAUACAUUUUCGGAAUCCCACGUCUAACUCGCUUGCAACAACCGGAUGUGUUCCAGCAGGAGUGGCGAGAAAAUUUGAACCUUGAGCCUCCAGAUUUUCAGUACAUCUCUUUGGACCGAAACAUCACAGACUAUAUGUUGUAUUUUAUAUCGAACUUUGUAAAAAGUGGCAAUGCCACUCCUAUGCCGGUGCGUAACCUGACGUGGGAUACAUAUCGACGGGACAAUCGUACCUAUCUGUGGUUAAACCUGACCAGCGGUUAUAUCCAAUCACGAAGUCAUCAACCCCAACUGGAGCAGCUGGGACUUGGAGCAGGAUUUGAUCUACGUCAAAAUUACAAGGCAUACCAUUAUGCCUAUUGGAAAAGGUUGUACCCAAUCCAACUAACCUGGCUUCCGCGUUUUACUCCUCCCAUGCCUACACCUCCCUAUGUUGUUGACUAUGGAACAGCCACCAUAUCACUCUCGGGUAUACUGGUUCUUCUGUGUAUUCUAACCCUGGGUGUACUUUUACUUUAUUGCAGAAAACGUCGUCUACUGAAGAAGUAA